ACCAAAUUGGCUGAACCCACUGGAAAACCCUAAAGUGGAAGCGACUCAGCGGGCAAUAACAACACCCUGUUUCGCCUGAGCCUCACAGCAUUUCACAUUCUCCAGAACAACGCCUCUCUGCAGAACUUGGGAAAAGGAGAUGGCCGGUUGCGGAGCCUGAGGGAAGCUCCAGCUGUCGCGAUGUCGGGAUGUCAUUGGCUAGAAGUUUCGCUCGGAGGAUUCAGACAAAAAGCAGAGAAAUGAAUUCCAGGGUGAAGCAGAAAUUGGAUGAUGAGAAACCCAUUGCUGUAAAGGUUUCCACAAAUAAUAGAAACUACAAAUCAGAGAGGCAGACCCUGAAGAUGAUACAGCCAUCCAUUACAGGUUGUCUUGUUGGCAGAGCAAAUGAGCAAACAAAAUCAACAAUCAAGAGGAAACUUCGGAGUGAUCAGCUUGUUUCAAAGGCUUCCAAAUCUGAAGUCACUAUUGAAAUGAAAUACAAAAACACAGGAGGAGUUAUCCAGGCUUCUGAUCUUACAACAAAAGGCAACCCUUCAUCUCGGUAUUGGAAAGAGCUGGCUGAGGAGAGGAGAAAAGCACUGUAUGAGGUGUUACAAGAAAAUGAAAAGCUGCAUAAAGAAAUUGAAGUAAAAGAAGCCGAAAUUGCUCAUCUGAAGGAAGAGAAUGAAGAACUUGCAGAGCUAGCAAGCCACGUACAAUAUAUGACAAAUAUGAUUGAGCGGCUGACUGGACAAGCACCAGAAAAUCUAGAGGCAUUGAAAAAUUUGGAUCUAGAAGAAAUUGCAAAUGAAGAAUCUGAUUUUACAGAAGAAGAUUUACAGAAUGAAACUGAAGAGGAAUGUCCACAGCUCUCCAGCAAUUCUACAGAGAGUGUUGUGGAUCAGCUUUUGAAUAGAACAUGUUCUCUAGAAAAAAACAGCCUCUCUAAAGAGAACAAAGAACUGCCAGGGUCAAGCUUUGAACUAGGGGAGGAGUGGCAUCCUGAAAACAAAACAUUCACUUAAGAUUCAGAAGGUGAGUCUUAGCUAGUGUUGUGCAAUAUUGCAAAUAAUUAUCUUACCUAAAGUGCAUCUGGCCUCUUGUUGGAAUGGUAAUGCCAUGUAUUUUAGCUUGUAAAUAUUUUGUAUUCUUCUAUGAAAUAUACAUAACUGCCAAAUAAAUAUAUCUUCACAAACAUCA